CAACAGCGCCGCAGGGAACCCAAAGUCCAAGUGGCCCUUCUUCUCCCUUUCUGGAAACCCAUCAAGCGUUUAUGUACCGUGCGCGCCCAUGUGUUCGAAAACCGUGAGACUACACGAAGCGCUACUACUUAGAUCACUCUUGACCAUAUAACGACGACAAUGAUCCUUCCUCGGAAUGCUGUAAGCCUGCAAGCCAGCGAAUACCUCAUGAUGGGUAGUAUCGAGACAGGCAUGUGGCUAAUGAGAGAUGGCCAACAGCAAAACUCCCUGUAUAAUCGCGCGUCGGCGGCAGGCACUGCCGGCAGCGGCAUCGGCGCCGGCGGGUUGGCGGCCAAGAACAGCGGCGGCGACAGCCAGAGCACAAAGUUCAUCAUCGGGUUUUGUGUGGCGGUCCCCUGCACGAUGAUCAUUGUUGGCCUCUACUUCUUCUUCAAGCGGCGGCGCAACAAGCGCGGCCGCAGGAGCUACAACACGAACGCGCGGGGCGGCGGCGGCGGCGGCGAGAUCGAUGACAACGGAGCGCGCGCGAACGGAAAAGCUAGGACCAAGGUCCCCAAUGCGAAGCAUAGAAGCGAGUGGGGGCGAAGGAGGGAGAAGAAGACGAGGAGGUUCUCGUUCUUCAAGCUACCAGACAGGCUCAAGCCGGUGACUCCACCGGCGGCGUAUAGGAGGGAAAAGGAACUGCUGCCUUCUGGGCCGCCUUGAGAGCGUUCAUGGAGUUUUGUUUGAGAGACUUACUAUAUACGAUAUGGAAUAUUAGCGACCUUUUAAUCAAGCG